AUGGUAGAUCCAGAGUUUAAGAGGAUCGAACGCUUUAUCGGGGGAUUGGCACCUCAGAUUCUAAUCCUGGUGACAACAUCAAAGCCUAAGACAAUCAAUGAAGCAAUUGACUUAAGUGUGACGCUCACUGAAGAAGCAGUUAGGUUGGGUAAAUUCUCAAACUCCGAGGAGAAAAAGGAGACUCGUGGGGAGUCACCUGGGGAGAACAAGAGGAAGUUUACCAACUUCCAGAAAGUUACUCGGGCGGACAACAACAAAAAUGCCAAAAAGGAAAGAGGAUACACAGGACAAGAUGGUAGCGGAAAUCUCGGAGGAAAUAAUGACGACAACAACUAUCAAGGCAGGGAUGACGACGAUCAAGGCCGUGGCCAAGCAUAUUUUAAUUGUGGUGAUGUGGGGCAUUUCAGGAAGUAUUGCCCUGAGAACGCUCAGGCACAUGGAUGA